AAUAACAUCUAAAAUUCAUCACGUUGUACAUAUAAAAAUUAUAAACCUCCGUCUAUUGAUACAGUUUUUAUAAAUAGGGUUAACAUUAAGUCUGAUGGGUUGCUGUCCCCAGCUAUCGAGCCUCAUCUGCCCCGGGCUUGAAAUUAGCAGCCUGGAGCUUCACCUACCCUAACAGGAUGGCCCACAAUUUUAGGUUAAUUCUGCUUAAAAUUAUCCUGCUUCUUGCCUAUUGCAUUCCUUUGUUUAAACAAGACCCAGCAGUGUAGAUUAGCUCUACCUUGCAUCAGAUGUAAUGCAUGCAGAGUUAUAAUUAUAAAUUAGCAACGUUUUAGCUAACUUUAAAAAACCAUUCGAGUCAAGUUUCACAAAAGCAAAAAUGACAGUUUCUAAUGAAUUUUGUAGUGGAUAUUUUAAAUGUCUUAACAAACUAUGGACAGAUGAAGAACUGUGUGACUUUACAGUUCAGAUCGGUGACGUUUCAUUCAGGUGUCAUCGCGUCAUUCUUGGAGCGAGUUCGCCAUUUUUUCUUGGACUGCUGAGAUCAGGAAUGAAAGAAGCCAACGAGGGACGUGUAGUUCUACAAGAUAUAUCAGUCUCCACCUUUCAGUUAAUCCUGAAAACUUUGUACACCGGUGAAGACGUGUUGAGUCUUGGCAACUUCAUAGAAAUCUGGCACGCUGUACACAUGCUGCAGAUAGGAAUUAUUGAAGAAGUGUGUGAAACAUUCGCUAAACAAAAUAUAAACGUGGAAAACUUUAAGGAAAUAUCACGCAGUGCUAAAAAAUUAAAUUCUAAGUCUGCCUGGUCCAGCCUUCGAAACUACAUAUUAAAGAAUUUUGACGCUGUAUAUACAGCAAAACUGUAUUUGGAGUUAUCGUUUGAAGAACUGAAUUCUAUAGUAAACAAUCCUGAACUUACUGUCAGCAGCGAAUAUGUGGUGCUACAAGCUGUUUUAAACUGGGCUGAAUAUAAACCUGUAGUACAGGAUGCUGACAAUAUAAGUAGCAAAAAAAUGAUAAAAACAUCAGGCUCGGCUAGAAGCUUACAUCACGUUAAUACUGAAAUGCAAUCCAAAAAACAGUCUGAUCGCUGCAACACAACUUCCAGCAUUUUAGAAAACUGCAGUUACGACAGACUUCAAGGACUUAACAACCUGCUGAAACGUGUAAGAACCUGCAUCAUAAGUCCAACUUUGCUAAUGAACGUUUUAGAACAUCAGUGCAUUAAACGCAAUAAUUCAGCAAAGCAAAUUAUUCUCUCAGCUAUUUUAAACCAAACAACUCAUUUUAGACAUGGACAAUGGCCAACAGCAGGUAUAUAUCGAAGAUUUAAUGAAUAUGGGAACUAUGGAGUUUGCAGUUUACAAGGUGACAUUACGUUAUAUGCUAUAGACCCGUAUGAUGAAAAAAGAUACGCAAUGAAAAAAAAUCCAUUGUUGAGAAAAAAUGUAAAGCUGGUUGCAUUUGAAAAUCAGAUCUACGCAGUCGGUCGUCAAUCGUCCUCUAAGACUGAAAGUAAAAUGUUUGUUUAUGGAAACAGCUGGAAACAUUUAGUCGAACUGCCAGGAAUAGAGUUUCACCUAACAAGUAAUGAAAAUUACAUAUACAUUACAAGCGUUGCGGAAAAUGUAAUAUAUCGAUUCCAUCCAAAACAUACGAAAGACAAUUUAGUUAACUUUAUAGAAGUUCCAGAAGGUUCGGUUGUAACACAUGUUAUGAGCUACCAAACGUAUCUACUUAUCUUCUGUACUGAAACAGUCAAUGGCGUCCAGGAAACAGCGGUCCAUAUGUUAGACCUUCCGGCCAAAAAUUGGACAAGACUGGACAAUCUUCAUGGACCAGCUAAAAAUAUCAUCAGUUUUCGUAACGACGACAACCAGUUUGUGCUACAAUCAAAUUUACUUGUGGGUUUUUAACCAAACUGAUGGAAAGUUCACAUUCAAUCGUGUAGCAACACUGUGGCCGGUAGAUCAAGUUCUACAUCUACAAGGAGCUCUCGUGUAUGAUGAAAAACUGAUCAUAUUUUUCCACAGGCCUAUUGAUCAAUCCGAAUCAUUUGUACGUCAAGUGGACAACAUGUUCAGCUUAAUUAGAUACUGGAGCAAUGACACGCCUUGUUCAAAUUUUAUUCCUGCUGUGCUGCAUAAAUCUUAUCUUGAUGAAUGUUAUGAUCAUUAGUUGAAGAGGGACAUUACAAUUUCGCAAUUCUACCUUAAUUAAAGUUCUGUAAAUCUCUCUUGAUUACCCUUAUAUAAACAUAGAUUAUAUUAUAAAACAUAUUAAUAUGCUUUAUUCAUUUAUAUCCUUUUUUUUCAAAAGGCUUUUUUAAAGAUAUGAUUAUACCAAUUUUUUUUAAAUUUUUAAUUUUACUUAUUACAUCGGAAAGUAAA